ACACACACACUCGCGAGCACAGCUCGCCUCCUCACUAGUAUAAAAUAGUAGUCGUCCCCUUCUUGGCGCGCCGCCGCAGCAACAGCGGCGCGCGAGGCUGCUCGGAUCUCGCCGCGGCCAUCGAACCGAUGGAGCUCGACGACGCGUCUCGCCACGGAUUCGGCAGGAUGGGAUUUGGAUGCAAGCACUACAGGAGGAGGUGCAGGAUCCGGGCGCCGUGCUGCAACGACGUCUUCCACUGCCGCCAUUGCCACAACGAGUCCACGAAAGACGGCCACGAGCUCGAUCGGCACGCGGUUGAAUCGGUUAUCUGUCUCGUCUGUGACACCGAACAGCCGGUUGCGCAAGUGUGCUACAACUGCGGCGUUUGCAUGGGCGAGUACUUCUGCAGCGCGUGCAAAUUCUUCGACGACGACGUUGACAGGGAACACUUCCACUGCCAAGAUUGCGGCAUCUGCAGAGUUGGAGGGAAGGAUAACUUCUUCCACUGCGAAAAAUGUGGAUCAUGCUACUCGGUCAGCCUGCGCGACAAGCACUGCUGCAUCGAGAACUCCAUGAAGAACAACUGCCCCAUCUGUUACGAGUAUCUGUUUGACUCUCUAAGGGAGACGUCCGUGCUCAGAUGUGGGCACACGAUGCACCUGCAAUGCUUCCACGAGAUGCUGAAGCACGACAAGUUCUCUUGUCCCAUAUGCUCGAUGCCUAUCUUUGACAUGGACAAGUUCUUGAGGGCUUUGGACGCUGAGAUUGAAGCAAAUAUGCUGCACAUAGAUUACAUGGGAAAGGGAUGGAUCGUGUGCAACGACUGCAGGGACACGACGCAGGUGUACGCGAGGGUGGCAGGGCACAAGUGCUGCCAUUGCCAGUCUCACAACACCUGCAGGGUGGCUGCCCCGGUGCUCCCUGCUUAAUUAAAUUGAGUAAAUUUCAUAUAAAAUUCAGCUGCAGAUGCUGUCAGCACCGCAGCAUCAUAUUAUUGAUUUAUACUUAGUAUUCAGUAGUAUUGGCUGGGUUAUUUUAAGUAGCCAAUUAAGUGUAUUUUCAGUCCAACAUGAACUGCAUGGGUCACAUCUUGUAUGCGAAUUAUACACGUUUUAUGUAACAAAGCAAGGUGAAUUUGAAAGGCGAAGAAA